GGUGCUCAAGAGUGAGGCUGAGUCAGCACAUCAUAUGGUGAGAAACUGUAACACAUAUAUUGAUGACAUACAGCAUUUUACACCUAUAAAAGACUAAAUGCGAAGCGAGAACGACAGUAUUCCAUUAACGGGCUGCAUCUCUUAAAGAUCAAAAUUGGAUAAAUCAUUUACUGUACAGUGUAGAGAAAAGCCAAAAAUCUUCUUCAAAAAAAUCAUCUCUCUCCCACUGUUGAGAUUCCCAACAAAAGCCAGGAGCGACGAUGGCAGCCAUAGUAACGGGCCUCAUCCCCAUCUUGCGUACAGCAGUGGAUGGCACCACCACCUACAAGUGCCGCUCCCUGUGGUUUGGCUUACUGUGCAUCCGCCUGGUGAUCCUCUUCCUGGCUGAGCUGCCCUUCACCAAACUGGACGCUGACUUUGUCUGCAAUGGCACCAAGGACAGCGUCUGUAGCAAAGGCUGUUUUAAUAGACACUUUGACAGACCUAUGGUGGUGGCUUGGAACUUCAUCUUCGUGCUGGUCAUCCUCUCUGUCCUGCUCAUGGAGCUGUUUGCCUCCCACCUACGCUCCCUCAACGAGAAGAGGAACGCUCAGGCGAAGACUGAUGUGGAGCUGGUGGUUCAGGGGAAGGAGGCAGCUCAGGUAGUGUCCACUGAUCACAGCAGCAAGACGGCCAUAGAUUUCCACAGAGACAAAGGUGCUGUGGGUUUCUAUUUGCUCAGCAUCACUCUGCGUAUUCUGAUUGAAGCCUGGUUUGUGUAUGUUCUGCUUUCUUGGAACCUUCCAGCACUGAGUAAUGAGCGGUUCACAUGCUCUGACAUCUGCCCAGAGUUACAUGUUUGUGUUGUGAGGGCCGCCCCAGAGAAACGCAUGUCUAUUUAUGCUUUGGCUUCCAUCUCAGGCAUGAUUAUUGUUACUUCAGUCUUAUUUUGUAUGUACUCCAUUUCUCACUAUCUUUGUAACUUUUAAAUCUUGGCUCUUCUUCUUCUUCUUCUUCUUGUUCUAAUAUCUGAAUUAUAUGACAACAUAUUUACUGUGUUUGUAUCAUCUGAACAAAUUUCAGUGCGAAUAUUGUAUCAUGCUUAAAUGUUCUGCUGCAAUAAAUUACAUAUGUUAAAAGACAA